CCUGUAGAUGGCUGGUUCUUUGGAGAUAGUGUAUUUAUAGCUCAUCUAGCUAACAAAGGCCUGACUGUCUAAUUACUAAAUACAUAGUUUGGGUAAUCCAAUGCAGCAAUAAGCCGCUGCACUAGUUCCUGUACUCAUUCUCAGACUAGACAGCAGAAGCAUCACCAGGCUAUAGCAAGGGGAGAGUAAAGGAUUUCUAAAAAAUAGGAAAAUAUGAUUUUCCAAACCACAUUGUCACGUGCGUACAAGCGGAGCAGAGUGUUUCUCAGUGUGGCAGUGUAAAUUUUAGUAACCACUUCUCUUCUAAUGAGCUUACUCAAUGGAAAAAGGAAAGGAAGCACAUUGUAAAGGUCAGGAUUCUAGACACCAAAAUGACUGAACGCUUUGACUGUCAUUACUGCAAGGAGUCCCUGUUUGGCAAGAAGUACAUCCUGAGAGAGGAGAGCCCCUAUUGUGUGAAGUGUUACGAGAGCCUUUACUCCAACACUUGUGAGGAAUGCAAAAAACCAAUUGGCUGUGAUUGUAAGGAUCUGUCCUACAAGGACCGGCACUGGCAUGAAACCUGUUUCCACUGCUUCCAGUGCAAGAACUCAUUGGUGGACAAACCUUUUGCUGCAAAAGAGGAGCAUCUACUUUGUACUGAAUGCUAUUCCAAUGAAUACUCUUCCAAAUGCAAUGAGUGCAAGAAGACUAUCAUGCCAGGUACGCGCAAGAUGGAGUAUAAGGGCAACAGCUGGCAUGAGACCUGCUUUAUCUGCCAUCGCUGUCAACAACCAAUUGGAACAAAGACCUUCAUCCCCAAAGAUAAUCAAAACUUCUGCGUACCGUGCUAUGAAAAGCAGUUUGCCAUGCAGUGUGUCCAGUGUAAGAAGGCUAUCACGACAGGAGGUGUGACGUACCGGGAGCAGCCCUGGCACAAGGAGUGCUUUGUUUGUACUGGAUGCAAGAAGCAGUUGUCUGGACAGCGCUUUACCUCCCGGGAUGAGUUUGCAUAUUGCCUGAGCUGCUUCUGCAAUCUCUAUGCCAAAAAGUGUGCGGGAUGCACCAACCCCAUCAGUGGACUCGGAGGAACCAAGUAUAUCUCCUUUGAAGAACGGCAGUGGCAUAAUGACUGCUUUAACUGUAAGAAGUGUUCUCUUUCAUUAGUGGGCCGCGGCUUCCUCACAGAAAGGGAUGACAUCCUUUGCCCCGAGUGUGGGAAAGAUAUUUAAAGUUUAAAACAAGGAGGAAAGCAGAGCUGUGCUUGCAAUACAUAUUUUUUGAAACAUGCGAUGUUGUGUACUAGCUUUAGUCAACCAUAUGAAGACUCUACUCUUCUGUGUUUCUCAGUACCAUUCACAUCACGUAACCUUUUUUUCCUUCUGACUAUCUAAAUCCAAAGGUGGACUGGGAAGGAGGCAACAAAUGAUUUCAGAAUCUCUAGAUGAGUUGUUGAUGGUUAAGAAUUUACACUGUUAACCUAGAUCAGUGCAAGACUUGAGAUAUGAAACGUUUUGGCUGUUAUUGACAUUUUCUUUUCUUCACUGAAUAUUUGAAUUUACAAACCUUAGUCUUUAAGGGAGUGAUAUGUUUGAAGGAUUACAAUGGCUAUGUGCUAUAACUUCAUAGAUAGAGAUUCAGGGUGAAAUCUUGACCCACUGAAGUAAAUGGCAAAAUUCGGUUUGACUUCAGUAGGGCCAGGAGUUCAAGCCUAGUGUUCUUGGAAUGUGUAAUUGCAGUGUGCUGUCAAGUGUGUAGAAAGAUGAGAAUGUAGGGUGUAAAGGAGUACUUGUGGCACCUUAGAGACUAACCAGUUUAUUUGAGCAUGAGCUUUCGUGAGCUACAGCUCACUUCAUCGGAUGCAUAGCAUAUCGUGGAAACUGCAGAAGACAUUAUAUACACACAGAGACCAUGAAACAAAACUUCCUCCCACCUCACUCCCCCGCUGGCAACAGCUUAUCUAAAGUGAUCCUCAAGUAGAGCCAUUUCCAGCACAAAUCCAGGUUUUCUCACCCUUUCCCCCCCCCACACACACACACACAUACAAAUUCACUCUCCUGCUGGCAACAGCCCAUCCCAUGUUUUACGAAUACAGACUAACACGGCUGUUACUCUGAAACCUGUCAAUGUAGGGUGUGUAUCAGUGUUCAAGGAUCUGUGCCAUGCCUUAACUAGGAGAAAAUGAUUAUUAAUCACUUAAGUGGGAGUGUUCUGUAACAAAUAUUUUAUUGCAUGACUAGAUGAUCAUUGUGUGAAGUACAAAUUGUGAUUGUCAGUAUCAAUUGAAAUUACACUGCAUAUUGUAUUUCUUAAAAUAAAAUCAUUUAAUAAAUUCAA